GUCAGUCAGGGAGGGAGGGAGACGACUGCGCGUGCGCGGAGUGCAGUGUUUAUCGUCAGUCCCCGUGCGGACGCUUAAAUAGAAUAACGGUCGCGUCGCGCGCGAGGGAGUGAGUGAGAAAGAAAGAAGGAAGCAGUGGCCCUGUGACCGGGAGAGCCCAGGAGGCAGGUGACUGUUGAACUAUGGGGAAAAAUCUAUCUCGUUUAACAUUGCAAAAACCCCUGAGCUCAAGUCGUGAGUGCUGCACAUCAACAAUGGAAAAGGAUAAAUUUGAUAAUUCAGACAACCAGAGUGAAGAUGCGAGUCGCAAUGGAGACGUUUCACAGUUUCCAUAUGUGGAAUUCACUGGUCGAGACAGUGUUACCUGUCCCACAUGUCAAGGAACAGGAAGAAUUCCCAGAGGUCAGGAAAACCAUCUUGUUGCUCUGAUUCCUUACAGUGAUCAGAGGCUGAAACCAAGACGAACGAAACUAUAUGUGACUUCAUCGGUCAUUCUUUGUUUGCUGCUUUGUGGACUGGCUGUAUUCUUUCUGUUCCCACGUUCCAUUGAUGUGAGCUACGUUGGUGUAAAGUCAGUUUAUGUCAGUUAUGACCAGAUUAAUCGGGUGGUUUAUCUCAAUAUCACGAGCACUUUAAACAUUACAAACAACAACUUCUACUCUGUUGAUGUGGCAAAUAUCAGUGCUCAAGUACAGUUUUCAAAAACUGUUAUUGGAAAGACUCGCCUCAGCAACAUCACAAAUAUUAGACCGCUAGAUAUGAAACAGAUUGACUACUCUGUUCAUACAGUCAUUGGGGAUCAAAUGAACUACAUGUAUGACUUCUGUACAUUGACAUCUAUCAAAGUGCAUAACAUUGUGAUUAUGAUGCAAGCAACUGUAACAUCAACUUACUUUGGACAUACAGAGCAAGUUUCCCUUGAAAGAUACCAGUAUGUGGAUUGUGGAGGAAACACAACCUACCAUUUUGGAAGAUCAGAAUUUCUAAACCUUGGACAGCUGCAUCACUCUCCUGUCAAUGCUGAGCACUAGAGCAGUUAGUAACUGACAAACCAUUGAUAUGAAGGUCUUGCAAGAAAUGACAAAUGGUACAUGUAAAAAUGUAUUGGAAUAACCACUACUGUAAUUGUACAGACAUUCAAUGUCCCGGGAUGAUUUCAAGGUAGUAGUCAACCAAUGGUUACUUUACCCCAUGUUCUGAUGAAAGUUAACCUGAACAGGUAGAUUUCAAGUGGACAACAGAUCAGAUUCUUAUUGGGUGAGCUGGGCUUUUUUGUAUUAAUCCUUCACCUGCUGAAAAAAAUCUAUUUGGCAUAAUAGAUGUUUUGACUAGAACUCUUAAGUAUUAAUGGAACCGUAAAAUUGAACAGCUAUUGGGGUGUAUUAGUUCAAUGCACAUGAAGCAUGGGAUCACCAAUUGUUAACCAGAGGUUACAUUUUAAGUCUGACUGAAGAAUUAGCUUUCAAUUUUAAGGUUGAGACAUCCUUGUACAUUUUUGGGCGCUUUUAAGAGUGUGGUAAUGUCUUAAUGCAUGGAUUCCAUGCAAUAGUAAUCUGCAUAAUAUUGUCUAGAUAUUCUGUUGUCUGAAUUACAGGUCCCUAACUAACUAUUUGUAGCAAUUUGCCACAAAUUCUUAUUUGACACCCUGAACUAACUGAUGAAAAUUAAAAUAAUUACAAUCCAAAUGUUCACACUGUGGUCCCUGAGCUCAGUUUGUCAAAAACGUUGCAAUUUAUCCAAGCCUGUUGGUUCUACCUGUAUAUGCUGGAAAUUGUUUUUUGUGCUAAAGUAAUAUUAAUGCAGUACAGCAUUGGAGUUGAUAUGAUUGUUUAAGCAUCAGAAAACAGGUUUAAAAACAUGCCCUGCAUUCCACUAUUCAGUUAACAUUUGCUAAAAGUAGAAAAAUGUGCAAUAUUAUAGUAGCUGGACUCUUAUCUAGCUUUAUGUAACUAAUUUAUUCAACAGUCAUUGAGUGCAACUAAGGGAUGGGAAAUUGUGAUUUCUACUAAAUGUGUUAAAAUGUUUUUGUUCUGAAAAUUAACCUUGUUUCGAUACUCUGAUUAGAGGUGGACUGCAGGAACUGGUCACUGAAUUCUGUUUGUGUGGGUAACACCCUAUAUAAUUCAAUAUUCAAAAACAUUUGGCUAUUUUGCACUUUAAAGUAUGAAUUUAAGUUGUGGGAUCCUAGAAGUGGAAAAGUCAUAUCCCAUUGGUAAAUCCCAUCUCCAAUGAAACUGAACAAAACUGAUUGCAUUGCAAAUUAGUGAACUGCAAAAUAAAUUAAACCAGCCUUAAUAAUUUUGGUGGAUUUAGUUGUAGAUGGUUAAGUGUAAUAGUACUGAAGAGUAUGGCAAUGAGUUUAUUCAAUGGCUUGUUUUUUUGCUAUGUUGAGGUGGUUUUCUUACUUGAAACCAAUUCUGUGUUUGCUUUCUCCACUUUGUGCUAUUUUGCUUAAUGGAAAUGAGUGAAACAUUUCUGUUUCAAGAUAUAAGUGUUUAAAACUCUGUUCGCUAGUUGUAGUUUUGUAUUCAACUUCACAAACUAUUUUGUAAUCUUUUGUAUGUUAAAAGUAAACGUGUCAUAUUUUGUCAUUGCUUAUUUACUUUUGCAAACUGAAAACACUAAUUUGUUUAUGAAAAGCUUCAACUAAACUCAGAAAUUUAUUUUCAUAGUUCAAGAAAAGACCUAUUAACACACUAAUUCAUAUUUUAAUUUUUGAGGAAUACAAUUGCCAAUUCACGCAUCAAUGGUUCAUUGCACAGAGGUUGUUUUUGUGUAUAGCUGGCAACUUUUCAUCAAGCAAAUAGUUUAAAACUCUCACAACAAUCAUGUAUUGCAGCCUAUAUAUUUGUCAGUACACUUUACAUGGCAGUGGUUGGCUUUUAAGUUCCAAGUGAAGUUUUGAAAAUGGAUAUUUGACUUGCUUCUGUCAUUAAAUAUUUUUUAACAACUGGGAUCCUUAAUAACUUGUGCUUGAGUUUUUAGGUGGUUUUAUUUUCCUCCAAUAAAUGUUAAAUGUUUUCAUUUGUUUGGAUAUUCUGGUAUUCCUAUAACAUAACAAAAUAUUAUAUUAAAAAGGGACAAAUUGUCAAUGUAAAUUAGUAUUUAAGUAAAUAAGUAUUUACAUUUUACUAAAUGUAAUUCUGGUCAAACUGAAUAGAUUUUUUUUGUCACAAUACUACCUAAGAACUGAACAUUUACACUUUUUUUCAUCGGAACCUUAAUUCUCAUUGCAAAAUGCAACUUUUAGUGUUAAGUCAAACAAUAGUGUUCUGACAUUAAAAUUGUAUGGUAUUCAGAACACGAAUUUUGAAACUCGAAUAUGUGUGCGCGCACACCUUGUUCUAUACUUCCUCUUUGUUUGCCAUCUUUUUCUCACUUCCUCCCCCCAUUGUGUGCUUGAAUCUGUCAUGUUUUUCCCAUUUUGUUUCUCCCUGAUAUCUGGAGAAGCAGUUACUAAUCCCAGAGCAAUUAUUCAGAAAUGGGGGAAAUGCAUUUCAAGAAAGAUCCAAGAUUGAGAAAAGAGCAUCUGUCUGUAAAGCCAGCGUGCAUCUUUGUCCUUGUGCUCCUGACUCCAACACAGCUGUUUUUACAAUCAUUUCUCUGCUGUAACCUGAGUUUUUAUUAAUGAGUGUGAGUGCAAUUACCGGGGGAUAAAAUGGAAUUCAAGGGUGUGAACCGUCAAGUUUCUAAUAUAGUAGAAAGUUUCUAAUACAGUAGAAUGCAAAUAGAAUUACUUUAUGUAAUUAGACAACCAGAUAUCUUGUCUAAUUCAUAGGCAUUUCUUGUAAUGCAAUAACCUGAUUUGUGAUUUAAAUGUAGUUCUCAUGUGCAUGAUGAAUAAAUAAUAUCUUUAAAA